GAAGCUGCGGGAGUGUAGGGGCAGCUGCGGCAAGGUCGGGAACAGCAUCCUACUCUGAAGAGCAGAAGAACCUAGUGGUAGACGCGAGUUAGUCUAGUGGCGUCCAGCGAACGGAAGCGCCCGGUGGAGUUUUGGAGUUAUUGGCUCAGAAGAGGAAGAAGGAGGAGAGUGGCCGAAAGUUUCCAGUUUAUAGCCUCAUGUUCCGAGUUAGCUAGCGAGCUAUCCUUCAGCACAACCACUCUCCACUCGUAGGCUUGCGUCUUUUCGUGGCAGGCAGAGCAUCGUGUUCUGUCCUGUAAAUAGGAAGCCAGUGUCACGGGGUAGGCUCCUGGGCUCUCACACUUCCUCCAGUUAGUUUUGCGGGCCAUAACUUGUCUUUUCCCGUACGCUUUUCUAGUCCUUUUGUAUUAGUUGUGUCAUGUCAGCUCCUUCCUCCGCGCCUUCCGCUCCAGCAAAAAACGCCGUGACAGAAAAUGAUUUUCUCGCCCCUGAUGCGGGACAGAGGCCGCUCGGUCCGACCCCCAGCCAGAGCCGGUUCCAGGUGGACCUUGUGGCUGAGGCAGCUGGCGCCACCGAAGACAAGUCCCCAGACUCAGACUCUUCCACUACGAUUCCAUCUAGCGAUAAGGCCAUGGUCGCUGCUCCCCCAGACUGCCCAGGUGUUGAUCCAGGGACCGGCGGAGAGGAAGCCAAAGGACGGUUUCGGGUGGUAAAUUUCGCGGAUCCGACCGGUGCAGGGAGCGCGGCCUCUCCUGAGGUCGAGGGACUGCAGAAUGGGGACACGGUGAUGAGCGAGACCAGCUUGCAUUCAUCCACAGGCGGCCAGCAUCACUAUCACUACGAUACCCACACCAACACUUAUUACCUGAGGACUUUUGGUCACAACACCAUCGAUGCCGUACCAAACAUCGAUUUCUACCGGCAGACAGCAGCGCCACUGGGGGAGAAACUAGUCAGACCUACACUGUCGGAGUUGCACGACGAGCUGGACAAGGAGCCAUUUGAGGAUGGGUUUGCCAAUGGUGAUGAGCUGACCCCGGCUGAAGAAGCUACUGCCAAAGAAAUGGCCGAUUCCAAAGGCGUCGUCAAGUUUGGCUGGAUUAAGGGGGUGCUGGUUCGCUGCAUGUUGAACAUUUGGGGUGUGAUGCUCUUCAUCCGCAUGUCAUGGAUCGUGGGUCAGGCUGGGAUUGCUCUCUCUUGUGUCAUCAUUAUCAUGGCUACAAUAGUGACGACCAUCACCGGCGUCUCCACCUCUGCCAUCGCCACCAAUGGAUUUGUACGAGGAGGUGGAGCAUAUUACUUAAUUUCAAGGAGUCUGGGCCCAGAGUUCGGAGGCUCGAUUGGUUUGAUCUUUGCCUUUGCCAAUGCAGUGGCUGUAGCCAUGUAUGUGGUGGGCUUUGCUGAAACUGUUGCGGAACUUCUUUUUAAUGUAGAAGCUAACAUGACGGAUAAAAUCAACGAUAUCAGAAUCAUUGGCACAAUCACUGUAAUCGUUCUCCUGGGCAUCUCUGUGGCAGGCAUGGAAUGGGAGGCAAAGGCCCAGAUCUUCUUACUUGUUGUCCUCAUUAUAGCCAUCGUGAAUUACUUCAUUGGAACCUUCAUUCCUAUGAGUUCAAAGGAACACAUGGGCUUCUUUGGAUAUGAUGGUUCACUCAUGUGGGAAAACAUGGUUCCAGACUUCCGAGACGAGACCUUUUUCUCUGUCUUCGCCAUUUUCUUCCCUGCAGCCACUGGUAUUCUGGCUGGAGCUAAUAUUUCAGGAGACCUCGCUGACCCACAGCUAGCCAUUCCCAGGGGAACCCUUCUGGCCAUAUUGAUCACAGGAAUCGUCUAUCUGGGUGUUGCUGUUUCAGCAGGUUCCUGUAUUGUAAGAGACGCUAGUGGAAAUGUGAAUGACACAGUCAGUUCUCAGUUUAUGAUGAACUGCACUGGUGCUGCCUGCAAAUUUGGCUAUGACUUCUCUUCCUGCAAAAGGGAAAACAAUGUUUGCCACUUUGGACUCCAUAAUGACUUCCAGGUGAUGAGUCUGGUUUCUGGUUUUGGGCCCAUCAUCACUGCAGGAAUCUUCUCUGCCACUCUGUCCUCAGCUCUGGCCUCUUUAGUUAGUGCACCUAAAGUUUUUCAGGCUUUAUGUAAGGACAAUAUCUACCCUGGUCUGAGCAUUUUUGCCAAAGGCUAUGGCAAGAAUAAUGAGCCGCUCCGAGGCUAUAUUCUGACCUUCGGUAUUGCUCUGGCCUUCAUCCUGAUCGCUGAGUUGAACGUAAUUGCCCCCAUCAUCUCCAACUUUUUCUUGGCAUCCUAUGCCUUGAUCAACUUCUCUGUGUUCCAUGCUUCACUGGCAAACUCACCAGGGUGGCGUCCCAGCUUCAAAUACUACAACAUGUGGGUUUCUCUUGCUGGAGCCAUUCUCUGCUGUGUGGUGAUGUUUGUAAUCAACUGGUGGGCUGCUCUCCUCACCAACGUCAUUGUUCUGGGUCUCUAUAUAUAUGUCAGUUAUAAAAAGCCAGAUGUGAACUGGGGCUCAUCGACUCAGGCUCUGACCUACCACCAGGCCCUGACCCACACUCUGCACCUCAGUGGAGUGGAGGACCACAUCAAGAACUUCAGACCCCAGUGUUUGGUGAUGACUGGUUACCCUAACUCUCGACCAGCACUUCUGGACCUGGUCCACAGCUUUACCAAGAAUGUAGGCCUGAUGAUCUGUGGUCAUAUUCGCACGGGCUACAGGAGACCAAACUUCAAAGAUCUGGCCACAGACCAGUCACGGUACCAGCGAUGGCUGCUGAAGAAUGAGACCAAAGCCUUCUACACUCCAGUGUUUGCUGAGGAUAUGAGGCAGGGCACACAGUAUUUGCUCCAGGCUGCUGGCCUGGGCCGCCUCAAGCCAAAUACCUUGGUGAUCGGCUUCAAGAACGACUGGAGGGAUGGUGACAUGAUGAAUGUGGAGACUUACAUCAGUAUGAUCCAUGAUGCCUUUGACUUCCAGUUUGGUGCUGUUGUUCUGCGGCUGAAAGAGGGACUGGAUGUAUCCCAUAUCCAAGGACAAGAUGAGUUGUUGUCCUCACAGGAGAAGUCCUCAGGGAUGAAAGAUGUAAUUGUGUCCAUAGACACCAGCAAAGACUCUGACGCUGAUUCAUCCAAGCUAUCCUCCAAGGCCACCAGCCUCCAGAACAGUCCAGCAGUACAGAAAGAUGACGAUGAUGAUGGCAAAGCUACAACUCAGCCCCUGUUGAAAAAAGACAAGAAGAGCCCAACUGUACCACUCAACGUGUCUGACCAGAGGCUGCUGGAGGCCAGCCAGCAGUUCCGCAGAAAGCAAGGGAAGGGCACAGUGGAUGUCUGGUGGCUGUUUGAUGAUGGAGGUCUAACCCUGCUGAUUCCCUACCUGCUGACCAAUAAGAAGAGGUGGAAUGAGUGCAAAAUCCGUGUAUUCAUUGGAGGCAAGAUCAACAGGAUUGAUCAUGACCGUCGAGUGAUGGCCACUCUGCUGAGCAAGUUCAGGAUAGACUUCUCGGACAUUACUGUGCUGGGAGACAUAAACACCAAGCCUAAAAAGGAACACGUGUCAGCCUUUGAGGAGAUGAUCGAGCCGUAUCGGCUGAAGGAAGAUGACAUGGAGCAGGAAGCAGCUGAGAGGCUGAAGGACAGUGAACCCUGGAGGAUCACUGACAACGAGCUGGAGCUGUACCGCGCCAAGACUAAUCGUCAGAUCAGACUCAACGAGCUGCUGAAAGAGCACUCAAGUACAGCCAACCUCAUUGUCAUGAGCCUGCCAUUGGCCAGGAAGGGUGCAGUGUCCAGCACUCUGUACAUGGCCUGGCUGGAGGUGUUGUCCAGGGACCUGCCUCCCAUCCUCCUGGUGCGUGGCAACCACCAGAGUGUCCUCACCUUCUACUCCUAAACACAUGACGAAGAAAAUCAAGUUUUUGAGUCUCACGUCACCUUCUUAGACUCUGAGCAGACACAAAUACACAUCCCAGUUCCAGUCCAAAUGCAAAGGUGCACCACAUACACUCCAGAGACAGUA